CAAUUAUCCAAUCACUUCAUCACAAUUAAAUAUUCGUCUAAAAAUCAAUCACAAUGUCUUCUCCGUCUCUUCUCGACCUCCUCAAAAACGAUGCCGCUUUCAUCGGCUCUCCUAUACUCUCCUCCUCUCCCGUUUCGGAGAUUCUCUCUCCUCGUCCGGUCCGCCGAGUGAGCUUCGACGCUCUCGUCCGUCUUGCUGCUGCCUUCGAGCCGGCACCUAUCACCACCCCCACCACCACCACUACCACAGUUACCAGCGCCCUCGCCGCCAACAAGCGAGCCAUUGGCCGGAACAGGAAGUUGCUCUCUGGUUCAACACCAGAGUAUAAAGGUCUGGGUGGGAAGUUUGGGGUUAUUGGGGGUGUGAGGGGAGUGGGCGUUGUUGGGGGUGAGAGGGGGUGA